GCCCGGGACGACCCUGGGCGCAUGCGCAGACCCUCAGGCGACCCGAGCUCGCCCUCUACGCGCAUGCGCAGACCCCGCCGGGGCGCCAGAGUCGCGAUGGGGCGACUGCGGGCGGCGGUGACGGCGCUGGAGUCGCACCGGGCGCGGGACCGUGUGAUGCGCGCGGCGGGCUACGUGAGCGAGCUGGCGGGCGGGGUCCUGGCCGAGCUGGGCCGCCCCGAGGCCUCGCGCCGCCUCCUGCUGCUGUCGGCGCAGCUGGCGCAGUGCCGCACGGUGCUGAGGCUGCUGGACGGGCCGGCCAUGCUGCUGUACGUCCGGGAGUACGGCCUGGGCCCCCCGGACGAGGACGCCCCGACGCGCGCGCUGCAGGUCCUGGCCAACGCCGCGGACCAGCUGUACUACCCGAGCGAGCACGUGGCCUGGGCGGCCGACGCGGGGCUCCUGGGGCUCGAACCCGCGCCCUGGUGGGCGCUGAGCGCCGCCCUGUGGCUGUGCUCGCUGCUGCUGGGCGCCGCGCGGGCCGCGUGGACGAUGCUGAAGCUCAGCCGGAAGCUGCGCGCGUGCAGGGCCGAACCCGCGGGCACACGCGAGCGCGCACACGCGGCCUCCGUCAGCAGGGCCCUGCGCGCGGAGCUGCUGACGCUGCUGAGCAACAUGGCGGACGCGGCGCUGGCCUUGCACGCGCAGCCCCGGGGCCCCUGGCGCCUCCCGCCCUGGCUGUCGGGGCUGCUGGGCACCGCGUCCUCGCUGCUCGGCGCCUGCCAGGCCUGACACGCCCGCGUGCAACGGGCACACGCGGGGGCGCGCCGUGACACCAGCGAGCGUGCAAGCGACAUCGAGGCUGCAAGCGACGACGCCCGCGCGUGCAAGCGACACCAGUGAGCGUGCAAGCGACAUCGAGUGUGCAAGCGACACUAGUGAGCGUGUAAGCGACAUCGAGGCUGCAAGCGACGACGCCCGCGCGUGCAAGCGAGCGUGCAAGUGACAUCGAGUGUGCAAGCGACACUAAUGAGCGUGUAAGCAACAUCGAGGCUGCAAGCGACGACGCCCGCGCGUGCAAGCGAGCGUGCAAGUGACAUCGAGUGUGCAAGCGACACUAGUGAGCGUGUAAGCAACAUCGAGGCUGCAAGCGACGACGCCCGCGCGUGCAAGCGAGCGUGCAAGCGACAUCGAGGCUGCAAGCGACACCAGUGAGCGUGCAAGCGACAUCAAGGCUGCAAGCGACGACGCCCGCGCGUGCAAGCGACACCAGUGAGCGUGCAAGCGACAUCGAGUGUGCAAGCGACACCAGUGAGCGUGCAAGCGACAUCGAGUGUGCAAGCGACACCAGUGAGCGUGCAAGCGACAUCGAGGCUGCAAGCGACACCAGUGAGCGUGCAAGCGACAUCAAG